AAUACAGAAGCUACAUUAAAGAUAAUUUUGCAAUAAUCAAGGAUCCUAAUGCUCUUCUUGGUGAAUAUGUGUCCCUCAACCAGAGAUACUCAAAGCUAAUCAUCGUAGAUUAUCACCCAUCUGAAGAGGAGAGAGAAGAUGAAAUUCUGGCAAUGGGAAGGAAACAUCUUGAAAUCAUCAGUAAACGAGCUGAGUCUUCAACCAGCAUUGAAGCAUUAUUUAACCCUGAUAAAAAUGGAUUAAUUCCACAAGUUGUUGUGUUACAGGGAGCUGCAGGAAUUGGAAAAACCAUAAUGACCAAAAAAAUUAUAUUUGAUUGGGCUUCUCAACUACUUUACCAGGACAAAUUUAAUUAUGUUUUCUAUAUUUGCUGUAGAAAGAUGAAUGUCCAUGCAGAGUCAGAGGAGAGUAGCAUUGCAGAGAUAAUUUCAGAAGAAUGGCUCAAGUGUCAUGAAUCCAAAAAUGUUAUUCAAAACAUAUUGAAGGAUGAAGAGAAGCUUCUGUUCAUAAUUGAUGGGUUUGAUGAAUUAAGGUAUUCCUUUGAUCAGCCUGAAAACUACGUUUGCAUUGAUCCCUGGAAGAAGAAGCCAGUGAGAAUUCUUUUGAGCAGUUUAUUUAGAAAAAAGCUUCUUCCUAAAUCCUCUCUUAUAAUCACAACAAGACCAACUGCUUUGGAGAAACUCCAUCAAUAUUUAAAGUGCCCACGUAAUGUUGAAAUAUUGGGGUUUUCCACGAAGGAGAGACAAGAAUAUUUCUACAAGUUUUUUGAAAACAAAGACCAAGCAUCUCAAGCUCUCAGAUUUGUUAAACAAAACGAUACCCUUUUCACCAUGUGUGUCAUUCCCCUUGUGAGCUGGAUCAUUUGUACAGUGAUGAAACAGGAGAUGGAAAGUGGCAAGGAUCUUCAGAAGACACCAUAUACUCUCACUGCAAUCUAUAUACUGUAUUUCUCCAGUUUGUUAAAGUAUCACCAUAAAGAAGCCAAACAGGAUGUCCAAUCAAGUGUGAAAGGUUUAUGCUCUUUGGCUGUAGAAGGAGUCUGGAAACAGAAAACAUUGUUUAUGGAAGAAGAAGUCACUUUAAAUCAGAGAGACUUCCUCUCCCUUUUUCUGAAUGAAAGCAUCUUCAAAAGGGGCAUUGGUUGUAUUAAAAGAUACAGUUUUGUUCACUUAAGCUUCCAGGAGUUUUUUGCUGCUUUGUUUUAUAUUCUAGAAGAAAGAGAGGAACUGCAUUCUGAAAAUUGGAAUAAAAAUUUGCAGAUGCUAUUAAAAAGACAUAAAUCUUUUAGGCCUGAUUUUGCAGUAGGAUUUCGCUUCCUCUUUGGUUUUUUACAUAAAGAAAAAAGAAUGAAAGAGUUGAAAGAAGAAUUUGGAUGGGAAAUUUCUCCUAAGAUUAAAGAAUUCUUAUUAGACUGUAUAAAAGAUAGUAUUCCAAAAAGGAGACCUAAUUUCCAAUUGCAAAAAGAAAUGUUGAGUUAUUUAUAUGAGACACAGGAUGACAAUUUUAUAAAAAAUGCAAUAUGUGGUAUCACUAAAAUAGAUUAUCAGUGCAACUCAGAUAUGGAACUGAUGAUUUUGGGCUAUUGUAUACAACACUGCCUGAAUUUGAAAUACCUCUUUGUCAAAGGUUCUGCAAUUCUGUAUCGUGGAGAGACAGAAUUAUUUCUUCCAGAAAAUGAGUAAGUAUUUUUGAAAAUCUGUUGAAUAUUUCAUUUAAUUUUUCAUCCUGCCACUAUUCUCUAACCUACUGUCUCAAAUAUAAU